UGGAACAUGGAGAUACUUUAUUGAAUAUUGGAAACUGUCCUUUAUUUCUCUUUGCUACCUGGAGUAUGAUAUUCCCUUGUCGACUUUUGCCUGUUGCAGGAGUCACACGUUUGUUUCCCAUGCUGUUUUCUCUGCUGGUCAUAUAUUCACAGCCGUUUAGUUCCAAGGAAUCCAUGCUCGUCAUACAUAUGAUCGAAGAAAGCGUCAAAACCGCUCAAAAUCUUCCAGUACAAUACUUGCAACCCCAAGGAUCCAUGGAUUUCGUGCUAUAGUAAAGUAGCGGUUUUUGCUAGAUGGAAAUUGUGAAUGAGAAAGUGAAAAGAAAAC